AUGCCCUCAAGAAAGCCGAACUUCCUCGUUAUUGUGGCCGAUGAUCUAGGUUUCACCGAUAUUGGUUGCUUUGGAGGAGAGAUUGAAACACCGAACCUCGACAGGCUUGGGCGCGAUGGCUUGAGAUUUGCGGGCUUUCAUACCGCUUCAGCUUGUUCGCCAACGCGAUCAAUGCUACUCUCGGGAACUGAUAAUCACUUGGCGGGACUUGGUCAGAUGGCAGAGUAUGCAAGAGGCUUUCCAGAGAAGUUCGAAGGAAAACCAGGUUACGAGGGGUAUCUGAACUUUAGAGUGGCCGCUUUAAGCGAAAUUCUCACUCCUGAGUACUACACUUUGAUUUCAGGUAAAUGGCACCUGGGCCUCGAUGAACCAUAUUGGCCAGAUAAAAGGGGCUUCGAAAAGAGCUUCACCUUACUUCCAGGAGCCGGGAACCAUUAUAAGUUUGAAACGUCAGAGAAGCACUUCAUGCCUUUCCUUUAUCAGGAAAAUGGCCGCCGGGUGAAUGUCGACAAGGAGCUCCCAGAAGACUUUUAUAGUACCAAAUAUUUUACGGAUAAAUUUCUUGAGUAUUUGGACGACAAAGAGCAGCGAAAAGACAGGCCGUUUUUAGGGUUCCUAACCUAUACCGCGCCUCACUGGCCCUUACAAGCACCUCAAAAUACAAUAAAGAAAUACAGAGGCGUUUAUAGCAAGGGCCCCUUAGCUCUAAGAAACGACCGGUUAAGACAUGCGGAAAGGGAAGGAAUAAUCGAGAAAGGAGUUGUGCCACAUUUGGUGGAAACAAAGCAGGACAAAGUUUGGGACGAGCUAGACGAUGAAGCCAAAGAGUACGCAUCUCGUGUCAUGGAGACAUAUGCUGCAAUGGUGGACGAACUUGAUAAAAAUGUGGGCCGCGUUCUUAAGAGACUUGAAGAGACCAGUGAGCUCGAAAACACUGUGGUUUUGUUUAUGUCUGACAAUGGAGCAGAGGGAAUGCUUUUGGAAGCUCUUCCCUUCAAUGGUAAGUUGUUCGGGGACAAGAUAUCCUCUAAAUAUAAUAACCGGUUUGAUAAUAUUGGCAACAAGGAUAGUUUUGUUUACUACGGAGAUCUGUGGGCCCAGGCAGCAACCGCACCCAGACACAUGUAUAAGAUGUGGGCAACCGAAGGCGGUAUAAACUGCCCUUUAAUCCUGAACUACCCUCCUCUUAACAAACAACAGAAAAAAGAAGGUGUUGUUUCUGAAUUCACCACUGUAAUGGAUAUUCUACCAACAAUAUUAGAUCUAGCGAAGAUCCAGCACCCAGGCCACAUAUUUCAAGGAAGAAAUGUGCAUAUACCCAGAGGGAAAACAUGGAUGCCAUAUCUCGAAAAGGCCUCUGACUAUGUUCAUGACGAAAACACAGUAACUGGAUGGGAGCUUUUUGGGCAACGUGCGAUUAGAAAAGGCUCGUUCAAAGCGGUCUAUAUUCCAGAACCAUUGGGGACUGGAAAGUGGCAACUAUUCGAUUUAUCUAAGGAUUUGGGCGAGACAACUGACGUAAGUACCGGAUUUCCUGAAAAACUAAGUGAUCUUGUUGGAUACUGGUCCGUUUAUGUUGCCGAAACAGGACUGGUUGAGAUAAAUGAAUACCCCGAAGGAACAGAAUACUGCAGAACUAUUGUGGAGGGCAACAGUUCACAGGAAAUAGAAAGUGUUACCCAGAGUGCUGUGUAA